AUGGCCGCGAAGUCGGACGGCGGCGGCGGCGGCCCGGCCGUGCGGCUGGAGAGCCCGCAGGGCGGCGGCGAGAGGCGGGCAGGCGGCGCGGCCCCACCGACGCGGCGGUACCGGCUGCGGGACGGUUGCUGGGUGCUCUGCGCCCUCCUGGUCUGCUUCGCGGACGGCGCCUCGGACCUGUGGCUGGCGGCCCAUUACUACGUGCGGGGGCAGCGGUGGUGGUUCGGGCUGACGCUGCUCUUCGUGCUGCUGCCCUCGCUGGUGGUGCAGCUGCUCAGCUUCAGGUGGUUCGUCUACGACUUCGCCGCCAGCACCAAGGACAGCGCCGGCAGCACCAAGGACAGCGCCCGCGGCCCCCGCGGCUGCUGCCGCCUCUGCGUCUGGCUGCUGCAGGGCCUCAUCCACCUGCUGCAGCUGGGGCAGGUCUGGAGGUACCUCCGCACGCUGUACCUGGGGCUGCAGAGCCGGUGGCAGGCUGAGCACCGCCGCCGGCACUUCUACUGGCGGAUGAUGUUUGAGAGCGCGGACAUCAGCAUGCUGCGGCUGCUGGAGACCUUCCUGAAGAGUGCACCUCAGCUCGUGCUGCAGCUCAGCAUCAUGGUGCAGCAGAACAGCAUCGAGCCGUUGCAGGGGUUCUCGGCCUCGGCCUCGCUGGUCUCCCUGGCAUGGAUGAUUGCCUCCUACCAGAAGGUGCUGCGGGACUCGCGGGAGGACAAGAUGCCCAUGUCCUACAAGGGAGCUGUGGUGCAGAUCCUGUGGCACCUUUUCACCAUCGCCGCCCGUGCCAUUGCCUUCGCCCUCUUUGCCUCUGUGUUCCAGCUCUACUUCGGCAUUUUCAUUGUCACCCACUGGUGCAUCAUGACCUUCUGGAUCAUCCAGGGCGAGACAGACUUCUGCAUGUCCAAGUGGGAGGAGAUCAUCUACAACAUGGUGGUAGGCAUCAUCUACAUCUUCUGCUGGUUCAAUGUCAAGGAGGGACGGAGCCGCUACCGUAUGUGCAUCUACUACGUCAUCACGCUGUCGGAGAACGCUGCCCUCACCGUCCUCUGGUUCCUCUACUACGACCGCAAGACCACCUCCGACUUUGACGCCUUAAUCCUUGUCUGCGUGGUCAGCUCCAGCUUCGCCUUUGGCAUCUUCUUUAUGUUCAUCUACUACUGCCUCUUGCACCCCAAUGGCCCCAUGUUCGGCCCCCAUGCUGGGGGCUGCAUUUUCCGGCAGCGGCCGGCCCCGGCACCGGGGUCCCCCACAGACGCCAUCACCAGCCCCCCCCGCUCACUGCCGCGGACUACAGGGGGGGAGCGGGACGGGGCACCGGGGGAGCGGGACAGCUGCGUGCCCGUCUUCCAGGUGAGACCCUGCCCCCCGCCGGCACCGGCCGCCCGCGCCCCACGGACAGAGGGGCCCGUCAUCCGCAUUGACCUGCCCAGGAAGAAGUACCCGGCCUGGGACGCCCACUUCAUCGACCGGCGCCUGCGGAAGACCAUCCUGGCACUGGAGUACGCGUCACCCACCACCCCGCGCCUGCAGUACCGCACCCCCGGUGCCCCCCAGGAGGUGCUGGAGUAUGAGACCACCGUGUAGAGCGGGGGGCAGGGGCCAUGGCGGGGCCCUCCUGGUGCCAUCCUGGCCGCCCUGUGUCUUUGCAGCCAUUUGCCUUUCCGUUGGGUUUGCUGGUGCUGCUGUGCCACCACGCCGAGCGCCCCGCGGGCGGGGGCUGGGGAGGUCUCUUGGUGCUAUCCCCCCCGUGCCGCCCUCCCACAGCUGAGACCCCUAUCCCAUGCCACGGCGGCUGCCCCGGCUCCCCCCGGGGCUCGUCCUUGCCAAAAUACCUCACCGGUGCCUGAGCCCAAGGCGGUGGGUGCUGCAGCCCUGCAGCACUCGGCCAUGUCAGUGGUGCAGGAUGGGGACUGGGGGCGCCCCGGUCUUGGGCUGGCAGCUGAGAGGGACUUGGGGCACGGUGGGGCAUGGUGCGGCCCAGGUGGGCAGCACACAGUGACACGGGUGUCUGUGCCACAGCAGCGCCAUGGGGCUGGAGCGUGGCUGCACCGGGGUGUGUGUGGGGCUCAUCACCCCCAGGGAGCUGGGACAGGGAUAGCCAGGGUCCAGCCACCCCCCAUGUCUCCUGCUUCCCCCACACUCUGCAGCACGUCGCCGGGGGAGCACCUUCAUCUCCAUCCUCAGUCCCCCGGCUCAAGGUCGAGCCAUGUCCCCAACCUCACGGAGUCCCUGGUUCCCUGGGACCGCAGCCCCUGGCCCGGGGGGGGCCCUGUAGGUGGGCACAGACCCUGCUCCCCCUGCCUCCGAGCUGGGCCCCUGGCUCUGGCCGAGACAGCUGCAAGCCAUCAUCCCCCCUGUCCCCAUGGGAACCGCUUCAUCUCAUCGGGUUUAUUUUCACCUGAACGGUGGCAUUUUGUGUGACAUUUUCUACCUCCACUGCCUCCUCCUGCCUGCCCCUGCCUGCCCCUGCCUCCCCAGAGGAGUGGGGCUGCCUUGGGCUCCGGGUCUGAAUGUGUCCCUGGUCCUGCCCGGAUUCGUUGGCGUGCCCCCGCCUGAAGGGCUGUGCUGAAUGUACCCUGUCCCCCUGGGGCCAGGCAUGUCCCAAGCAUAUGUGUGUGUGCGUGUGUGUGUGCAGGGUGCUGGCAGGGGUUUGCAGGGCAGGGGAGCUGCUGGACCCCACAGCCAUGCACCACCCCGGCCCCUUGCCCCUGCACCCAUGGCCCCUGUGCCUUCCCCGUGCCCCUUGCACCCCCCACAACAGCCCUGCAGGGUCCCGGCCUCCAGCUGCCCCGUGCCACGGUGCCAAGCCCUGCCCCAGGCUGGGGAGCAUGGGCUGCCCCACCAUCCAGCCGUGCCACCAGGCACCGCAGCACCCCACGAGGCACCGUGCAGGCUGCAGGGAGGGCUGGUGUGGGGAGCCGCCCCUGGGAAUGGCUCUGGCUGCCACCCACUGGGCCGGGGCAUGGAGUCCCCAAGGGACGGCGUGGGUGCUGGGCCCCGUGGCACAGCCAGGAUGGGUGGGUGCACGGUGUCGGUGGCAUCACGUUGCUUUUUUUUUUCCCAUUUCUCUGUAGCUGGAAGGCCGAGGUGACAGCGGGCUGGGGCAGGCCAUUGCUGGGGUCACUGGUGCUAACUGGUGCUAACUGGAAGCCUCGGAAACUGUUUUGGAGUAGGGUGCAGAGCAUGGCUGGGGCUGGGCAGCAAGCCAGGCCGGCCGUGACCUGCACCCUUCCCUCUCUGCUGGUAACGGGCAGACCCCCGGCGGUGGGUGCUGAGCUGUGCCGGGGGCAGCACUGGGCAUGGGGUGGCUCUGCGGGGGGGGGUCUCUUCUCCUCAGGGAAGGUCGGGGGCAGCGGCGGGGGGAGCGGGGCCGGGGCUCACCCCUGCAGGCACCGAGCGGUGCCCUGGGGGCGGUGGCUCCUCACCGGGUCCUGCUCACAGAGCUGGGAAGCCACCAGGGAUGGGCUGCAUGCGGACCGGGGACCGGUGUGGGGCGGCAAUUCUGUUUCCCCCGGCCCCAUCCCCUCUCCCCAUUUCCCCCAAGGGCAGAGACGAGCCCCGAUCGGGGUGACCUGCACCACCCCCCCCAUGCCCUUCACCCCCGGGGUUUGCGUGGGGACCCCGGGGCCGCGCCGGCGGGACAGAGGGACACUUUUCUAUGCACUCAAGCCACGGUACCCUCAGCCCUGGGCUGCUCCGGGUGGGGAUCUCGGCAGCGGCAGGCGGCACCGAGCCUCUGCCUGCACCGUGCUGCCCUGCUUGGCAAGGGGGACCGGGCCGCGGGGGGGGGGGCACAGGGCGGCCGUGGGACCCGCUCCCAGCCCCGCAGCUCGGUCUCGUCCCUGCCGCAGGGGAAGCCAAACCCAGCGCCCCGGUGCCGGCGGCAGCACUGGGAUGGCGGCGCCUGCCCACUGGGACCGGGACCUGGGGCGCUGUGGGGUGGGGGCAGCUCUAGGGGAGCUCCCACUGGGGACGGCGGUCCUGGUCCCCAGGGGGGUGUCACCCCAGGGGUGGCAGCGGGGCCGCCCCGGCUUCAGGGAGCAGGGAGAGGUUUGGGCCGGGGCCGUUUGUUCCUGACGGGGGCUGCUGGGGGGCUGCGUCCCGGCGGGUCUUGGCCACCUCUCUGGUCCCACCCAGCACCGGGACCUGGCGGCCGCUGUCACGUACUGUAAAUACUCUGUGUGCCACCUUCUUCUCUGGGACCCUCGGCGUGGGCGGGGGUGAGCGGGAGGCCGGGGUCUGUACCGAGACUUUUUUGUAUACCACAAACUUUUUGUAUAUUUUUAAUUUUGC